UUUGCUCUUGCUAAACCCCUUCUACUUAAUCCACUCCAGCAAUGGCCAAAACCUCCACAAGAAGUCAAGAAAUCAACACCUAUGAAGAAUCCCGCAAACGACGCCUCCAAGAUAACCAGAAGCGUUUUGAGGAUUUGGGUAUUUUGAAGAUCUCAAAAAGCUUAUCGGAGGUCACAAACUCUGUAAAGAAGUCCCCACAACAUCGUGCAAAGCCCAAACCAAAUAGAAGCAUCGACAUGUUAGAGCUGAGACGUUCUUCACGAGCAAGGAACCUGGUUCCUUCUUAUUCUGAUGCACCUGACAUAGGCCUUCCAACUCCACGCAAAAGGUCAAAGCCAAGUUCAUGGAAAAGCUACCUUGGAAGACCAGCCAAUGAAGUAAAAUUCGCUUCUAAUGAAGAACGAGACUGUGCAUUUCGCAAUGCAGAGAUGCUUCAGAGUAACAUGGGAUCUAAAAAUCCUUGUUUCGUUAAAUCAAUGGUUCGAUCACAUGUCUACAGUUGUUUUUGGCUGGGGCUUCCUUCGAAGUUUUGCAAAGACCAUCUUCCUUCAAAGGAUGUAAAUAUGAUUUUGGAGGAUGAGGAUGGCUCAGAAUAUGAUGCAAUCUACAUUGGGAGUAGACAAGGACUUAGUGGGGGUUGGAGAGGAUUUGCCUUAGACCACAAAUUGGAUGAUGGAGAUGCAUUAGUUUUUGAACUAUCUGAGCCAACAAGAUUUAAGAUUUAUAUUGUGAGAGCAUCCAUUCUUAGACAAUAAAAAUGAUGGUGAGAAUGCGAAACGAAAUGGUAAAGCAGAGAAAGCAACAGACAAUGAGGCUGAUGAAGGAUUUGCUUCUCAAAAACGACAGCAGAAUGUUGGAUUAGAUGGUAAAAGUAAAGUACAAAAAGGAAAAAAAAGUGACAAUGGUAACGGAGCUGCUUCUAAAAACCAAAAGCAAAAAUUUGGUGUUAAUGGUGAAAGUGAAGUAGAAGAUGUGAUAAUUGAGGCUGAAGUGCAAAAGGAAAAAAUAGCUGAGAAAGGAAACAAAUCUGCUUCUCCAAAGAAAC